AGAAUCCCUCACUGCCAGCCUGAAGCUCUGCAGCUCUGAACUCCUCUCUGCUUCGGGCUCUCCAGCUUGGUUUGCAACAUUAAUAAUAAUGCGGUCCUUACAGUUGUUAGUGUUUUGCUUCAGAGCAGAGUACACAAUAAUCUGGGACCUAAAUUAAUCUGGGGAACCGGGAGGAAAACGAAACCAUGAAAUAAUGGAGAUCACGCGAACCAGACCGUCCCUGUACGGAGAAAUCGCUCAUGGCCUUGGAUUCUGGACAGACCGGUCAGCGGUCCAUGAGGCUGCUGCUCAGGGCAGAGCCCUCCAGCUGCAGCAGCUGAUCCAAGCAGGGGCCGCUGUCAACAUCGUGGCUGUGGACUCCAUCACCCCGCUGCACGAGGCGUGUAUUCAGGGUCAGACCCAGUGUGUCAGACUGCUGCUGGACGCUGGUGCGCAGGUGGAUGCUCGUAACAUCGACGGCAGCACUCCGCUGUGUGAUGCCUGUGCAGCUGGGAGCCUGGAUUGUGUCAAACUGCUGUUGGAGUAUGGUGCAACUGUCAACCCUCCACUGUUUACCUUCUCCCCUCUUCAUGAGGCCUGCAUGGGAGGUAAUUCAGACUGUGUUCAGCUGAUGAUCAAUAGAGGAGCUUUCAUGGAAGCUCAUGACUGUCACUACGGCACACCGCUUCACGUGGCCUGCGCUCGACAGCAUUACGACUGCGCCAAAGUCCUCCUCAUUGCAGGGGCAAAUGUGAACGCUGCCAAGCUCCACGAGACGGCUCUUCACCACGCAGCUAAAGUGAAGAACACAGGUCUGAUAGAGCUUCUUGUGGAGUUUGGGGGCAACGUCUUCGCUAGAGAUAACCUCAACAAGAAACCCAUCCACUACACCAGCGUGGGCUCUGCCUCUUACCUCUGCCUGGAGUUCUUUGAAAACACUCCUCUCAGUCUGCAGCAGCUCAGCAGAGUGGCUUUGAGGAGGACUCUCGGUUCAAGAGCACACGGAGUCAUUUCCAAGCUGGGCUUGCCCACACGCAUCAUAAACUUUCUCUCGUACGUUCCACCUCCUGUUAUUGAAAUAUAAGAGCGUUCAGAGAGGACAGUUUACUUCUCUCCUGUUAAAUCUGCUCCUGCUGUGGUUUGUUCUUCACAAAGUCACUCAUUAGGACGAUGAGGUCAACAAACACACGUCAAGAUGAAGUGAUUAGAUUUGCACAGAAAACCUAAUUUUCUCAUGCGCUUAAAACCACAUUGUGCUGUAGUCAAAUAUUUCACUUCUUCAGUUCGGUGUUUGAUCACGUGUUUGUUCUGACGGCUAAUAAGUCAAAGGUGGAGCUGUUAGAAAACAACAGUAAAUACACCCUUUUUUAUGGGUUCAGGUCAUCUUUCAGGAAUGUGAGUGACGACGGUUUUUUCUUGUUGAUGCACUUGUUACAACAGGCCAAACUUAUCCAAUUUAAAAGCCCUGGCAGCUCACAGUAUAUGUUGAAAUUGUGACAAACCUAAGAAAAUGAAAACAGAUUAGAAAACCAGCAGGGCCCCUGUGACAUUUUACACACCUGCUCUGUGUGUAUUUUAUUUUUAUUUAACUCUAUUAAAUCAAAUUUCUUCAA